CGGCGGCGGCCGUUCAGAAUGUCUAGCGCGCAGGGGGGCGGCCGAGCAGUCCCUCCCUCCGGCGGGCGCGCGUCGGCCGCUGCCGCUGCGGGAGGGGAGGAGGCGGCGCCUGUGUCGGCGCUGGAGGUUGUGUCCUUCCUGGGGAAACUCCUGUGCGCAGUCGCGGCGCUGAAGGCGGCUCUCUACCUGCUCCGCAGAGUCUGUCUAGCGAUGGCCUGGAAGUCAGGAGGCGCCAGCCACUCCGAGCUCAUCCACAACCUCCGCAAAAAUGGAAUAAUCAAAUCAGACAAAGUAUUUGAAGUAAUGCUUGCCACAGACCGUUGCCAUUAUGCGAAAUGCAACCCCUAUAUGGACUCUCCUCAAUCAAUAGGAUUCCAAGCAACAAUAAGUGCUCCGCAUAUGCAUGCCUAUGCUCUAGAACUUCUGUAUGACCAGUUACAUGAAGGUGCCAAAGCCCUCGAUGUAGGUUCUGGAAGUGGAAUUCUUACUGCCUGCUUUGCACGGAUGGUUGGUCCCAAAGGAAAAGUUGUAGGAAUUGAUCAUAUCAAAGAGUUGGUAGAUGACUCAAUAAAUAAUGUCAGAAAAGAUGAUCCUCUGUUGCAGUCUUCAGAAAGAGUGAAACUAGUUGUGGGGGAUGGAAGAAUGGGAUAUCCAGAAGAAGCUCCAUAUGAUGCCAUUCAUGUAGGAGCUGCUGCACCAGUUGUGCCCCAAGCACUCAUAGAUCAGUUGAAGCCCGGUGGAAGGCUAAUAUUACCUGUUGGUCCUGCUGGAGGAAACCAGAUGUUGGAACAAUAUGAUAAGCUAGAAGACGGCAGUGUCAAAAUGAAGCCUCUGAUGGGAGUGAUAUAUGUGCCUUUAACAGAUAAGGAGAAGCAGUGGUCCAGGUGGAAGUAAUUUUCUGUUCGACUUUCUUCUUCCACACACUUAAACAUACAAGGGAUGAAAUGUAAAACCUAUGUCAUCUGACCUAAACAUAGUGUUAACAGUGGACAGUUCAUCUCCUUAAAGCUUUUUCAAAACCAACAGCAUUGCAGUUUGUUUUGGACUUUGUUACACUGUUAUCAGCAUGGAAAAGUGUGUUGUUUUAAAAUUUUAUUUUGUAGAACUUUAAUGAAAAUUUGAUAAAGAACUGAUGGAAAGUUUAAAUUUGGGUAAUGUUUCUUUUCAACAUGCCCAUAUUUUCACCUGUUUAAAGAAACAAAGUAUGUCUGCAGACCUGCAAUUGGCAACCUUUGUAUUUUUGAUCGGGAGACAUUUUAAACACUUGUUUCAGCCCCCGUGUUCUUCCAUCCAGCUGUUUAUCUGCACUUUCUGACACUACAUGCACACUUAAAGGUUCUUUGUGUUCAGCUAUCUCUUAGAUGCUACUAAAAUGAGAUGAACUUCCUCUUUAAAGCUUUCAAGUGCUGUCAUAGCCUAGCAUGUAGUACACAAUCAGCUGCUUUUUCCCUUUAAAAACCAGACAUCAUGUAUAUAAACUUCAGGGCAUCAGAAGUGACCGUUCUUGAUGUAAAGUCUGCUGUUCAGGAUGGACAUAACUGACAUAGUUUCUCCCUCCCUUAACUUUUAGACUAAUUUAAACAUUUAUGGUCCAGAAUUGUUUUCUAGCAGAUGUGCAGAAUUGAUGUGUAUCUGAGUUUUAAAAAUACUGUGUAAGCUAUGUCCUCAUCAUUGAACAGAUUAUGCAGUGCUGCUUUGCCAAAUAAAAUUGUAAAAACAACAAAAAGGAGUUCCAAG